AUGGCCAAUACAACCGAUGAAGUUGGGGAAUCCCAGAAAUAUGACGCAAGUCAGGAUAAAUCAAUCAAGGACUCGGGCUCUACCCAAGUUGGCCUUGGUGAUCUCAUAGCACUUGACGGGGUUGACCACGCCUUGGCUGCAAAGAUGAACCUUGUGAAUGAUGCAAUCGACACAAUCGGAUUCACUGCUUAUCAUACGAAAUUGUUUUUCCUCAAUGGAUUUGGUUAUGCAGUUGACUCCCUAUUACUCUUCCUCAUGAGCAUAUCCGCCGAUCAAGUCGUAGCACAAUACCCUCCUAAAUUCUCCCGAGGUGCCCAGUUAGGCUUCUAUAUUGCUUUGUUAGCGGGAGCUCUAUUCUGGGGUAGCUCUGCAGACAUCAUCGGUCGAAAGUGGGCAUUCAAUUUUUCUCUACUGAUCAGUGCCAUCUUUGCCAUCACAGCCGGCGCUGCUCCCAACUACGCAGGAUGGGCAACCAUGGUCGCAUUAUCAGCUUUUGGCUCAGGCGGAAAUUUAGUGCUGGACACGACUGUCUUUCUGGAAUACCUCCCUUCGAACAAGCAAUGGCUUCUUACUCUUCUAGCUGGCUGGUGGGGAAUUGGACAGACAGUGGCUGGUCUCAUUGCUUGGGGCUAUAUGGCAAAUUACAGUUGUCCAACAGAUGGCACUACCCCCUGCACAAAUGCCAAUAACAUGGGAUGGAGAUACCUUUACUACACUUGUGGAGCUCUUGUUUUUGUCCUGAGUAUCGCCCGAGUCCUCGUUAUUCAUUUCCAUGAGACGCCGAAGUUUCUCCUUUGUCAAGGUCGAGAUGAAGACGUUGUUCGAACACUUCAAGAUCUCGCUCACAAACACAACAGAGCCUGUUCGCUUACGUUAGAUCAGCUUCAGGCCUAUGGCCAAAUCCACAGCUCACACGCUCAGAAUAAGGCUUCAUUUUCUGAGCUGGGUGUUCAUGUCCGAGGGCUCUUUGUCACGAAGACCUUAGCCAUUUCCACAUGUCUGGUGUGGCUCUCCUGGGCUCUCAUCGGACUGGGCUAUGCAUUGUACUAUGUCUACCUACCGGAAUAUCUCGCAUCACGAGACUCAUCCUCUGGAGCCACCUCAACCUACCUUACAUGGCGGAACUAUGCAAUCACCAGUCUAUGCGCAAUACCGGGUCCGAUAAUUGCAGGCUUUAUGUGUGAGAUGUCUGUAUUCGGGCGAAAAAGAACGAUGGCGAUCGGCGCCUUUCUCACCAUGAUAUUUUUCUUCGGAUACACUGCUGUCAAAACAGAUGCCCAGAACUUGGGCUUCGCAUGUGCCAUAUCCGUCUCCCUUAAUAUAUACUACGGAACCCUAUACGCCUAUACGGUAGAAGUCAUGCCCUCAGCGCACCGUGGCACUGGAAACGGUAUUGCAGUUUCUCUCAAUCGUUUGAUGGGCAUGGUAUCUGCGCUCAUUGGUGCUUUCACUUCAACGGCCAGUUCGGUCCCAAUCUACGUAUGCGCUGCGUUGUUGGGAAUGGGCGGUAUUCUUGCCGUCUUGUUCCCCCUCGAGACACGUGGAAAGAAGAGUAUUUGA